CUAUUCGACCAAACAUUAAUUUGUAGAGUGUAUUUGUCUCUAUAUAUACCCGUGAUUUAGCAAUUAGCAUGCAGUUCAUUGUGACUAAUCCUCUUAUCAUCCAAACUCACUUUUCGGUCUGAAACACUAUUGGUGACAGCAUAACAAAAUGAUCACAACUGUUCCUUCAUCAUCAGCACUUUUUGUGGCAUUCCUCUUUGCCACAACCUUCCUCUGCUCCUUUCCUGAACUUGUUCUCGCUACUUCAAAGCAUGCAAGUGUUACAAGGCACUACAAGUUUGAUAUAAAGUUGAGAAAUGUUACGAGGCUGUGCCACUCGAAGGGCAUAGUUACCGUGAACGGGAAGUUCCCCGGGCCUCGAGUUGUUGCAAGAGAAGGUGACAGACUUGUGGUUAAGGUGGUUAAUCAUGUUCCCAACAAUGUCAGCAUACACUGGCAUGGAGUGAGACAGCUUCAAAGUGGAUGGGCAGAUGGUCCAUCAUACAUAACUCAAUGCCCCAUUCAAACUGGUCAGAGUUAUGUGUACAACUUCACCAUUGUUGGACAACGAGGAACCCUCUUCUGGCAUGCUCACUUUUCAUGGCUAAGAGCCACUCUCUAUGGACCUCUAAUCCUCCUCCCUAGGCGCAACGAAUCUUACCCUUUUCGGAAACCCUACAAGGAAGUUCCCAUCCUCUUUGGUGAGUGGUGGAACGCAGAUCCUGAGGCUGUUAUCGCACAAGCCCUUCAGACAGGGGCUGGCCCUAAUGUUUCUGAUGCCUACACUAUUAACGGACUUCCUGGUCCCCUCUACAAUUGCUCCAAUAACGGGUCGACAGACACGUACAGGUUAAAGGUGAAACCAGGGAAGACAUAUCUUCUUCGUUUGAUCAAUGCUGCACUCAAUGACGAACUGUUUUUCAGCAUUGCAAACCACACCCUUGUAACUGUCGAAGCUGAUGCUAGUUAUGUCAAACCUUUCGAGUCUGAGAUCAUAGUCAUUGGUCCAGGACAAACCUCAAACGUUUUGCUAAAGACAAAACCCGAGUACCCCAACACCACCUUUUUCAUGCUAGCAAGGCCAUAUUUCACUGGCAUGGGUACUUUCGACAAUUCCACAGUUGCUGGCAUUCUAGAGUACAAGAAACCACUCAACACAGUGAACACACCCCCUUUGAAACCCUCUCUUCCAGCCAUCAACGACACUUCCUACGUUGCCAACUUCAGUAGCAAAUUUUUCAGCUUGAACAGUGCCAAGUACCCUGCGAAGGUGCCUCAAAAAGUUGACAAGAGUUUUUUCUUCACGGUUGGACUUGGAACAAGUCCUUGCCCUAAAAACCAAACGUGCCAAGGACCAAACAAUAGUUCAAAGUUUGCAGCCUCAAUGAACAACAUAUCUUUCGCCUUGCCUUCUAUAGCACUUCUUCAACAACAUUUCUUCAGGCAUGCUAAUAAUAAUGGCUCUUACACCACUGAUUUCCCUGCUAUGCCACUCAUGCCAUUCAACUACACGGGGACCCCACCGAACAACACUAGGGUCAGCAAUGGAACCAAGACUGUGGUGAUACCCUUCAACACGAGUGUGCAAGUGGUGCUUCAGGACACUAGCAUUUUGGGAGCUGAGAGCCACCCUUUGCACCUUCAUGGCUAUAACUUCUAUGUUGUGGGUCAAGGCUCUGGGAACUUCAAUCCUAACACUGACCCUCCAAAGUUCAAUCUGGUUGACCCCGUUGAAAGGAACACUGUUGGUGUGCCCUCUGGUGGUUGGGUCGCAAUCCGAUUCCUUGCUGACAACCCAGGUGUUUGGCUGAUGCACUGCCACUUUGACGUGCACCUAAGUUGGGGAUUGAGGAUGGCUUGGAUUGUUGAGGAUGGGAAGCUCCCUAAUCAGAAGUUGCCUCCUCCACCAGCUGAUCUUCCCAAGUGUUGAUCAUCAUUUUCUGCACCACCACCUUCGGGGCCAAUUUUUCCUUCAUUAUUUCCCACAUAAUUUGGUUUUCAUUUUCCAAUUUUAAGUCAAUUUCCGGAAUUUUGGCUUGCCUAUUAUGACAGAGUGAAGAGUCAUCAGCAUUGCCAUUUCACUUUUUCUUUCUUUCUAUCAAUCUGACACGUUCUGGAUGGCUUUUCUAUACAUCCACCUAAUUUUCUAUUAGUGCCAAUAAAGUAGGGGUGGCUGGAGUUAUACCAUCCAGAUUAUCAAUGUACUUCCCUUUUAAAAUUUACCUUGAUUGAAAUAAUAUAUACUUCUCAUUUCCUCUUA